GUGUCAUAUGACCAAGGAACACAAUGAGAUACUCCCCUUUUUCUGCAAAACUCCAAAAUGGCUACAAGAAGUGACCUUGAUGCUCUGGUGGUUCAGGUGGAAGGAUUGGGUCUAGAGGAGAACCAAGCUGGUCAUGGGGCUUAUGGCUGUGUCUUUAGAGUGACGGUGAAUGGAAGAGACUGCAUUGCUAAGAAGCUUCACCACAUAUUGCUCCAAGAGCAAUCCCUUGGACAGAGGGAGAGGAUUUUAACAAAUUUCCGUCAUGAGUGUCAUAUUCUGAGCGGUUUGGAUCACCCCAACAUUGUCGGUUUCGUUGGAGUCCAUUACGGCCGCAAUAAGAACGACAUCAGUCUAAUAAUGGAGAGGCUUCAUUCCGACUUGGCUAAAUUCCUUGAAACCCAUCGAGACACGAAUAUCGCCACUAGAAUCCAUAUCCUGUAUGAUGUAUCCAAAGGCCUUCGCUAUCUCCACUCUCUGACCCCUCCCCUCAUCCAUCGUGACCUCACUGCUCCCAACAUCUUGCUCACUGAGGACCUCACUGCCAAGAUCGGAGACCUGGGUGUGUCCAGGUAUGUUGAUCUGGAGAGAUUGACUCAUGUUCUGACAAACGUCCCAGGAAAUCCAACCUACAUGCCUCCCGAGUGUCAUGUGGAGCCGCCCACCUACACUACCAAGCUGGACAUCUUCUCAUUCGGUCAUCUCAUCAUUCACACUGUUAUCGGUGAUUUCCCUAAAGUCAAGAACGUACCUCAUAGUAUUCGAAACUAUUUCAAGUCUAUCAGAGGAAAAGAGGAGCUCAUGCGUCGAAGCACUGCUGUUCAUGGUGACAAAAUGGGGCAGAAACACGCUCUUUAUCCUCUUGUUGUUAGCUGCCUCCAUGACCGACCUCAACAGAGACCGUCAGUUGACGAAGUGAUUGUCUCACUCAGAAAGCUGUGUCUACAGCACCCCAGGAUGGCAUUUCUAGAUGCUUGUAAGACGGGCAAUGUGGGUGUGGUUCUGGAGCUACUGGAGUGUGGGGCUGAUCCCAACCAGGCAGACAAGGAUGGUGUAACUGCUCUUCACUGGGCUAGUUAUACAAUGGACAUGAUGAGAUAGUGAGGGUCCUCUUAGCAGCCAAGGCUACAGUCAACACUCAGAACAAGUGGGGAGAGACCCCUCUUUACACAGCCAGUUUCUAUGGUCACCAGAAAUGUAUGGAGCUCCUAAUCGAUGCUGGGGCCAAUGUUGAUGUACCCAAAGAG